CGGCCCAACUGCGGCGCGUGACGCGGGGCGCGCGGCUCCGGCGGCCACCGCGGGCUGGCGCAGGCGGCGGGGGACAGCCGGCGAGCGGGCGGCAUGGCGGCGGCGGGGACCGCAGCAGGGCCGGCGGGGCCCGAGCCCAUGCCGAGCUACGCGCAGCUGGUGCAACGGAGCUGGGGCAGCGCAGUAGCGGCUGCGCGGGGCUGUGCGGACUGCGGCUGGGGACUGGCGCGCCGCGGCCUGGCCGAGCACGCGCACCUGGCGCCGCCCGAGCUGCUGCUGCUGGCGCUCGGCGCUCUUGGCUGGACCGCGCUGCGCUCCGCGGCCACCGCGCGCCUCUUUCGGCCCUUGGCCAAGCGAUGCCGCCUUCAGCCCAGAGAUGCUGCCAAGAUGCCUGAGAGCGCCUGGAAGUUUCUGUUCUACUUGGGCUGCUGGAGCUAUAGCGCCUACCUGCUCUUCGGCACUGACUACCCAUUCUUUUAUGACCCACCCUCUGUCUUCUACGACUGGACGCCGGGCAUGGCGGUGCCACGGGACAUUGCAGCUGCCUACCUGCUGCAGGGAAGUUUCUAUGGCCACUCCAUCUACGCCACGCUGUACAUGGACACCUGGCGCAAGGACUCGGUGGUCAUGCUCAUCCACCACGUGGUCACCUUGGUCCUCAUCGUCUCCUCAUACGCCUUCCGGUACCACAACGUGGGCAUCCUUGUGCUCUUCCUGCACGACAUCAGCGAUGUGCAGCUCGAGUUCACCAAGCUCAACAUCUACUUCAAGGCCCGCGGUGGCUCCUACCGCCGACUCCACGCCGUGCUCGCAGACCUGGGCUGCCUCAGUUUCUGCUUCAGCUGGUUCUGGUUCCGCCUCUACUGGUUCCCACUCAAAGUCCUGUAUGCCACGUGCCACUCCAGCCUGCUCUCUGUGCCCGACAUCCCCUUCUAUUUCUUCUUCAACGCGCUUCUGCUGUUGCUCACUGCCAUGAACCUCUACUGGUUCCUGUACAUCGUGGCCUUCGCUGCCAAGGUGCUGACCGGCCAGAUGCGUGAGUUGAGAGACCUGCGGGAGUAUGACAUGGCAGAUGCCCAGAGCCCCAAGCCCAGCAAAGCUGAGGUCUCUGAGAUGGAAUGCUCCACAAAGCUGAAAGUGCAGAGGGGACAGCCAUGCACACGUGUGUUUGCAUCUGUGACAAUACCCAAAUGCAAGACACCAGGGGUGACCUACAGGAGUGGCUCCAGAGAACUGUGACCUUUCUUCUCUUUCUGACCUCCGGCCCAUGAGGAAGCCGCUGAGGAACGGACUGGUGAAGGACAAGCUCUUCUGAACCCCUCGAGCCCCGCUCCCCGCCUCCCAGAUCUAGCCCCGCCCCCAGGACACCGACCACGCCCCUCGAGACCCGGGUCCGCCCCAUGGCCA